GGAGAGGGCGGACGUGUCGGCGCCGCGCGGAAGUUGGUCGCGUGUGUUGUGUUGUGACGAUGGUGCGGUGUAGGCGCGGGCUGCGGCCGGCGUGUGUGAUGGUCCUAUGGCUGCUUACCUGCGUUAACGAAUUCGAUGCCCUUAAAAUAGUGAAGCUAAUAGUGCCAGACGUGAUACAAUAUGGUGCGCAGGACACAGCGCUUUUGGACUGUGAUUACACGUACGGGAACGAUACCCAGGGGAUGGUGCUAAAGUGGUUCUUUCAGAGUAGGAUGCGGCCAGUGUACCAGUGGAUCGCCGGUCACAUGCCACAAGCUAUCAACGUGCUGCGCGGACGAGUGGACCUGACGUACCGCGCUUCCGAAGACCCAUUCAAGAUGUACCGCGCGAUAAAGAUCGUGAAGAUGAGCACCGAACUCUCCGGGGAGUACACUUGUGUGAUCUCGACCUUCAUGGCCGAGGACGAUGCUACCAAGAGGAUGGUCGUGUUCGCGCCGGAGACGAGUUUCCGUCUGAUCCAGAACAAGAGUGACGACGACACCGUCAACGUGAUCUGCGCGGCCGACGGCGCCUUCCCCGCGCCCAUCCUCACACUUUCCACGCCCGAAAGGCGUUUGGACGACGUUUCACAUAGCGCAGAACUAGUCGGUGAUCGUUACUCCGCCGUCGCCAAGGUCACACUCAGGGAUGAGAUCUUGCCAUCACCUGCAGAGUUCGUCUGCACCCUGCGGAUCCCCUCAGCCAAUUACGUCGUGAGGAAAGAGGCGAUCUACUACCCGGGUCCAAUAAGCACCACGCCCGAGAUUGUGACAGCAGUGGACAUGCAGCUGGCAGCUGCAGUGGGGUCCUCAGGCACAUCAUUGUGUCUUCUGACGUGGGCACUUCAGUUGAUGUUGGCUCAAAUAUUGUUAGUCUAGAGUACUAAUGUACAGAAUAAUUUAUUAUUUACACUGGAUGUA